GGGAGAGCCCGCCGUGGAGGUGGCGCGGGAGGAGGGGCCGCCGCGGCCCCGCGGCCCAAGUGGAAAACUUGGUCAACUUGGAGGAGCAGCUUCGCGCCUGCCUUAGGCGUAGGGCGGCGUUUCCGGUGGAGCUGCAGGCAGGGAGCAGGAAGCGGCUUAGAGUAAAUGAUCCGUCCGCGUCUCCAAGCUGAGAGGAUGAAACGAGGAGGAAGAGAUAGUGACCAUAAUUCAUCAGAAGAAGGUACUGCAGAGAAAUCUAAGAAACUGAGGACUACAAAUGAGCAUUCUCAGACUUGUGAUUGGGGUAAUCUCCUUCAGGACAUUAUUCUGCAAGUAUUUAAGUAUUUGCCUCUUCUUGACCGGGCUCAUGCUUCACAAGUUUGCCGCAACUGGAACCAGGUAUUUCACAUGCCUGACUUGUGGAGAUGUUUUGAAUUUGAACUGAAUCAACCAGCUACAUCUUACUUGAAAGCUACACAUCCGGAGCUGAUCAAACAGAUUAUUAAAAGACAUUCAAACCAUCUGCAAUAUGUCAGCUUCAAGGUGGACAGCAGCAAAGAAUCAGCUGAAGCAGCUUGUGAUAUAUUAUCACAACUGGUAAAUUGCUCUUUAAAAACCCUUGGACUUAUUUCAACGGCUCGGCCAAGCUUUAUGGAUUUACCAAAGUCUCACUUUAUUUCUGCCCUGACGGUAGUGUUUGUAAACUCCAAAUCCUUGUCCUCGCUUAAGAUAGAUGAUACCCCAGUAGAUGAUCCAUCCCUCAAAGUACUAGUAGCCAACAACAGCGAUACACUCAAGCUGCUGAAAAUGAGCAGCUGUCCUCACGUCUCUCCAGCAGGUAUCCUUUGUGUGGCUGACCAAUGUCAUGGCUUACGUGAACUGGCUCUGAAUUACCACUUGUUAAGUGAUGAAUUGCUGCUUGCUUUAUCUUCUGAAAAACAUGUCCGAUUAGAACAUUUGCGCAUUGAUGUAGUCAGUGAGAAUCCUGGACAGACACACUUCCAUACUAUUCAGAAAAGCAGCUGGGAUGCUUUCAUCAGACAUUCACCAAAAGUGAACUUAGUGAUGUAUUUUUUUUUAUAUGAAGAGGAAUUUGAUCCAUUCUUUCGGUAUGAAAUACCUGCCACCCAUCUUUACUUUGGGAGAUCAGUAAGCAAAGACGUGCUUGGCCGUGUGGGAAUGACAUGCCCGAGACUAGUUGAACUAGUAGUAUGUGCUAAUGGAUUACGGCCACUUGAUGAAGAGUUAAUUCGCAUUGCAGAACGUUGUAAAAAUUUGUCAGCUAUUGGACUAGGGGAAUGUGAAGUCUCAUGUAGUGCCUUUGUUGAGUUUGUGAAGAUGUGUGGUGGCCGCCUGUCUCAGUUAUCUAUUAUGGAAGAAGUAUUAAUUCCUGACCAAAAAUAUAGUUUGGAGCAGAUCCACUGGGAAGUAUCCAAGCAUCUUGGUAGGGUGUGGUUUCCAGACAUGAUGCCCACUUGGUAAAGACCAAAUGAUAUAGGGCAUGGUGAAUAAUAGCACCUUAAUGUUAAGCAUAAUGUAUUAUAAUAAGAGUUUAUUUCCUGUAGUUCUGAUGUGAUUCUAUUUUGUGGCAUGGAAAUUUGAUAUCUGCAUUGAAUAUGUAAGGAUUGUUUAUUGGGAGACCCAUGGACCGGUUUCAGUUGGAAAACUUCAUUUCUUUCUUUAGCCUAAUAGCAAUCAAAGCUCGGAAAAAAUUUUUAAGUGUGGUUCAGAUCUGAAAGUAACCAGUUAUGAAGAUUAAACAUUUUACAGUCUGAAACAAAACCUAUAUAUUAUAGUAUCUGAGAAGUGAGUACUCUAAUAGGUUUUCCAAAAUGUUAUGUUCUCUAUGCAUUUUUUUUAAAUGUAAACUUGACAUUUUAGGGUCUUCAGUUAUACAUACACCUGUUAUAAGGUGUUUAAUAUAGCUCAGGACAGAGCAUUUUGUGAGAAAAAUGUAGGAUAUAUCAAAUGAGAGAGAUUGGUUGAACGUUCUCAAAUAUGUUACAGAUCUAUUUAAAGAGGUAUGUAUAAGUAAUUGGAUCUCUUAGAAAACUCCAAGUGUCCCAGUGGUUAUUAUAGAAGGAUAAUAAAAGAGCCAAGAUCAAAUUAAAAGAAAAAAACAGGGAGGAAGUGUUUAGCUUUGUAUAAACUUUCAGGUUUGCUCUAUAAUCUGCUAAACCAUAUAAAUUCUCUUCUGUGAUUUACUAUGUAUGUGACUUUGGCAUCCUAUGUAAAGUCAGGAAUGCUUUACCAGUUCUCCUUGGUUUUGUUUAUCUUUAAGCUAAUUUUGAAAUAUUAUAUGGUAAUUGAAAUGAAAAGCUUAUCUAUUUAAAAAAAGCCAAAUUGACGUAAAUAAAGGUAGAAUUUUAAAAUGUUUAUAAAAUAUUUCCAUGAAAGAAUAUUAUUCUCCUGUGAAUUUUAGUGAUGGCUCAUUUUUCCACUUGGAAUUAAAUAGUUAUGUAAGUAGAACUUUCAAAAAUCAUAAAAGGAGCAUCAAUGUAUAGUUCUGCAUAAACAAGUAAACUUAAAAGAGGAUAUAUUUAAGUUCAUAAUCAUAUUUUUGAGUAAAUAUUGCUCAGCGGACUGGAAAAUUUUAAUAGAAAAAUAUCUGCAGUUUUGUGAUUGUUAAUUUGGUUAAAACGCUAUUUUAUAUUAUUUAAGUUAGAUAACAUUUUUAUUACUUUCAUAUGAAUAAAGGUAAUCCAUAUAUUUCUGUAAAAAUACUAAGUUUUGGGCUACAUUUAGUUUUCUUAGGUAUUACAUAAGCUUUGAUUCUGAGCACUAGUGCUAGUAGAUACUACCUUCCUAAGGGAAAUUAGGAGUAAUUUUACCCCAAUGGACUAAUAUAUUAAUGCUUGAAACUUUUAGAAAGCAUCUUAGUAAUUAUGGAAACUAACAGUCUUACAGAUCUAAUCUAUUUUUUAAAUAGAUUACCUUCCAAAGAAUAAAGUAAAAGGUGAUUUUCUGCCUAAUUUAUCUUUUUCAAAAGUCAUGGUAUUUUCUUCUCCUAUAAAUGAGAAGAAAAAAGGCUGAUCCAGACUUGGAAAUAAAAAGCAAUUGUUGUAAUAUUUUCCCUUCUUAGUAAAUAGUAAAUAGCUUUGCACAAGAAAUACCUGUCUUAGUGGAUGAAGCCUGUUUUCCUUGAACAACUUUGGAAAAUGGAUUUGACAGUACAUAAUCAGUUCUACUAACCAAAGCUUUAUUUGGAAAUUUCCUUUUUUGUACAAAUUGAAUUAUAUAAUGCUUGAAAUACUUUAAGUCACUUUAUAAGCAAAAUGCAUAGCACUUACUUUGUUUAUACUGUAAAGUAUAUGUUAAAUGCUUUUAUUAAUUUGAGAAUAAAGAUAGUUACUAAUGC